UGGAUCGGUCAUCCGCUGCCUUACCGUGCAGCUCUCGCUGGUGUCUCUGCUGCUGUGCUCGUCCUCGUCCAUGUCGAUGGCGCAGCACACGCUGGGCACCGGCUCGUCCCUGUCGGUGGAAGACCGGGCGCGGCCGUUCCUGGUGUCGCCGGACGGCACCUUCUCCUGCGGCUUCCUCCAGGUCGGCGACAACGCCUUCUCCUUCUCCGUCUGGUACAACGCCGCCAAGAACGGUACCGUUGUCUGGACUGCCAACCGCGACGCCCCUGUGAACGGCAGGGGCUCCAAGGUCUCGUUUGGCCGCGACGGCGAGCUGGCCCUCGCCGACACCAACGGGACCACGGUUUGGACGGGCAAGACGAGCGGCGGGAAAAGGGGCCUGACCGUCUCCCUCCGCGACACCGGAAACCUCGUCAUCGAGGACCCGUCGGAUGGCAGCGCCGUGUGGCAGAGCUUCGACUGGCCGACGGACACGCUGCUGCCGUCGCAGCGGUUCAACAAGCAGACGAAGCUCGUCGCCGGCUACUACAGCCUCUACUUCGACAACGACAACGUGCUGCGCAUGCUCUACGACGGCCCGGAGAUCGCCAGCAUCUACUGGCCGUUUCCGGGGGCGAGCGUGUUUGACAACGGCCGGACAAACUACAACAGCUCGAGGAUCGCCAUCCUCGACGACGCUGGCGUGUUCCAGUCCUCCGACCAGCUGAAAGCCGAGGCCACCGACCUAGGCCUCGGCAUCAAGAGGCGGCUAACCAUCGAACAGGACGGCAACGUGAGAAUGUACAGCCUGAACGCGUCGACCGGAGGCUGGGCGGUGACAUGGUCGGCGCUCAAGCAGCCAUGCCAAGCUCACGGGCUGUGCGGCAGGAACGGCAUCUGCGAGUACCAGCCAAAACUCCGGUGCUCGUGCCCUCCUGGGUACGUGAUGGCCGACCGCCGGGACUGGAGGAGAGGAUGCACACCGACAUUCCCAGUCGGCAACUGCAGCCAUGGUUCCUCACCGGCACUGGCGCCGGCUGGGUUCAAGUUCAUCAAGUUGGCCCACACUGAUUUCUACGGCUUCGACCUGGGGUAUACCGAGUCCAUCACGUACAAGCAAUGCAGGGACCAGUGCCUGAACAUGUGCCUGUGCACCGCCUUCUCGUACAGGUUGGAUGGCAGGGGAAGAUGCUACCCGAAAGGCACGCUGUUCAACGGCUUCAGGUCGGCGAAUUUCGCCGGUAACAUCUACCUCAAGGUGCCCCUCGGCUUCAACGCCUCGGCGCAGAGCGCCGGAGGCCUCUCCUGCGGUGCCAACGUCACCGUCGUGCCCGUGUCCGCUGACGUGUACGGGAUGGCGCAAGGAAACAGCGGGCAGUGGACCUACUUCUUCGUCUUCGCCGGCGUGCUCGGAGUCCUGGACAUCCUGUUCAUCGCGACGGGCUGGUGGUUCCUCUCCAGCAAGCAGAGCAUCCACGGCUCGCUGGAGGCAGGGUACAGCAUGGUGAUGACGAGCCAGUUCAGGCGAUUCACGUACCGGGAGCUCAAGGCCGCGACCGCCAACUUCAAGGAAGAGCUCGGCCGCGGCGGCUCCGGCGUCGUGUACCGCGGCGUGCUCGACGGCGGUAAGGUGGUGGCAGUAAAAAGGCUGGCGGUCGACGUGACGAUGCAUGGGGACGAGGAGUUAUGGGCGGAGAUGACGGUGCUCGGGCGGAUCAACCAUAUGAACCUUGUCAGGAUCUGGGGCUUUUGCUCCGAGCGCAAGCACAAGCUGCUGGUGUACGAGUACGUGGAGAACCAGUCGCUGGACCGGCACCUGUUCGACGCGGCCGACGGCAAGCAGACCACGCUGUCAUGGAGCGAUCGAUACAAGAUCGUGCUGGGCACGGCGAGGGGCCUAGCCUACCUCCACCACGAGUGCCUCGAGUGGGUCAUCCACUGCGACAUGAAGCCGGAGAACAUCCUCCUGACACGGGAGUUCGACGCCAAGAUCGCCGACUUCGGGCUGGCCAAGCUGUCCAAGCGGGACGGCGGUGGCUCCGGCGUGGAGUUCACUCACAUGAGGGGGACGUCAGGGUACAUGGCGCCGGAGUGGGCGCUGAACGUGCCGAUCAACGCCAAGGUGGACGUGUACAGCUUCGGCAUUGUGCUCCUGGAGAUCGUGGUGGGGAGCAGGGUCGCGGACCAGAGGACGGAGGCCGGCGAGCAGCUGCAGCUGCCGCAGAUCGUGCAGGCGUUGAGGCAUGUGGUUGACAGCGGCGACGUGAUGUCCCUGGUGGAUGCCAGGCUGCAGGGGCAGUUCAACCCUCGGCAGGCGAUGGAAAUGGUGAGGAUUUCUCUGGCGUGUUUGGAGGAGAGAAGCAGCAGGCCGACCAUGGACGACAUUGCCAAGUCCCUCACAGCGUUCGAUGACGAGGACGAACACCCCGCCUACCACUGAUGACCAUCUGACAAAUGGAAUGCGAGAUU